GUUGGUGAUUAAUGUAAAUCAGUGAAUGUUUGUGAAGGCUUCACUGCAUGACGAUGAGAAGAUCUUUAUCAAGAGCUCAACAGCUCAAAGAGCAGCUCCUUCAGGCCAUUGAUUCUCAAAAUAAUAUUCACAAUAUGGCUGUGGUUUUGGAUGUGAUAUACUGCUUAGAAAAAUACCCCAUGACUAAAGAGGCUCUGAUGGAAACCAGGCUUGGAAAGUUGAUCAACGAUGUGCGGAAAAGGAGCACAGAUGAAGAUCUUGUCAAACGUUUAAAAAGCCUCGUACGAAAUUGGCAGAAGCUAGCUGCAGAAAAUGAAGCCACAGAUAAAGAUACAGACACAAGCAUUUCGAUCCGGGCCAAGUUAGUUUCCCGAUCAACUCAAACUUUUGUUCACAGUAAUAUCAACCAAAGGGCUGAAAAGUCUGAUGGUUCAGCUCCAGAUAAAACCACGAAUUAUCCCACCCGUGUCAGACGAAGUAAAAUACCUGUCCGUGCAGUCAACCCAUACUCCUCCUCCUACAUAUCUACUAAACAGUGUAGUGCGUCUACAAGUCUGAGGACAUCUCUGUCCAACCAGCCUUCACAAGACCACAUUGUCAGAUGCCUGCACAUGCAUGAGUCCCAAAAACACAGGGUCUUUUCAAGUCAAUGUUCCCAUAAAAACCUGUUUGUGAUCGAAGAACCAACACUACCUACCAGCACUGUUUCAAAAUCUGCAAUCCAGAACAACAACAUACUCAAACCUGCUUUAAAGAAAUGUAACCUCUUCUCUAUCAGUGAGGUUUUUAAAGGAGUUAAAGAUCCAACCGUGAGAACAUUUGAGGAUACACAGAGAAAUCAACACAGCAAAGAGGACAAAACCAAACCUCCAAACAAUGCAAGCAUUAUAACACAUGAUCAUCAUACUCAACAAGGUGAAGAAACUGAAGUUAACGGCUCUGAGAAGCUGAACAAAAGCCUUUGUUUUGUCCAGGAGACAGAGUCAAGUGAGAUGUCACAAGAUAAGAGAAUUAAGUCUGAUGUCAACAUCCAGAAUAGCUUAUUAAGCUCAAAAUGUCAAAUUUCUGGGGUGAAUUUGUUUGUAGCUGAGAAGGAAGAUGACAAAGAGUGCAGAAGAACAAAUGUGUUUAUACCAGAUAUUAUUGUGACAGAUCUUCCAGGGGUCAGCAGAGACCUCACUGAGACAGAUAUACAAAGAAUACGUCAUCAAAGAUGGCAUGGUGUGAAUGGAUGUUAUGAUAGCAGAAAUAACUGGUAUGACUGGACACAGUCUAUGGAACUGGAUUCAUAUGGAGAUGGGAAGACACUUAAGAUCUUGCCUUAUGUUUGCAUAGAUUAUAGACUUAUUUAAAUGUAGUUUUAAAUUUUACAUUUAAAUUGAAGGUAUCGUUUUUUUUCUAUUUGUGUGCCUUAAGUGAACUUGUGUGUAAUAUAAGACAUG